AUGGGGAACCUUAGAUUUUUCAAGAAUGCGAAUUUAGUUUGCUUCGCGUUGCUGCAGAUCUUAGUUCAAGAUGAACACUCGGGCAGAGGAAGAGGCAUGGAGCCCAGAAGCCUAGCCGAGUUUGUGUCAUCUAUAUUUCCGUCCUCACAUGGAAGCACAUUUGAUGUUGAGUACAAUCCGUUCCAGGGAGAUGGUUUUAGCUCCGGUGAGGAAGCCGAUAAGUGUGUUGGAAAUUGUGGGGGUAGUAGCAGCUGCAGUCCCGUAGGGAGCGAGUCCUGUAUUCGAGGUAGCUGUCUCCGUGGCGGGUGUUCCAUGGAGGGAAUUUCCACAAGCGACGGUUCCGAUGAUGAUAGGUCCCGCACCGAAAGCGUUUCAUCCGGGGGAAGUUCCUGCAAAGGGAUUAGCGACAUCGCGGGGGGUAUAAUAGAUGAUCUUGCGGAAAAUCCAUUGGACAAUCUCUCGGAAAAUCCAUUGGACAAUCUCUUGGACAAUCCGUUGGACAAUCUCUUGGACAAUCUCUUGGACAAUCCGUUGGACAAUCCCUUAGACAAUCUGUCGGAAAAUUCAUUGGACAAUCUCUUGGACAAUCCGUUGGACAAUCUCUUGGACAAUCUCUUGGACAAUCCGUUGGACAAUCCCUUAGACAAUCUGUUGGCCAAUGGUGUGAGUGACGCAACUGAAGACACUGUGGAAGACGCAGUGGAGGAAACUGUAAGUGGCGACGUUCAAGAGAUGCUGAACGAUAGUUCAGACGAAACGUUAAAAGAUUCUGUGGAGGAAGCUCUGGACGAUCAUCUAGAUGAUGAUAUGGAAGAGACUAUAGAUGACUGCUUGGGUGAUGGGGUGAAAGAUGCAGUGGAGGAUGCAGUACAAGAUGCUGUGGAGGACGCAGUGGAAGACGCAGUGGAAGACGCAGUGGAGGACGGAUUAGACGGCACGGCAAAGAAUGGUUUGGGGGACCCUGUGGAAGACAACAUGGUAAACCGAGAUGAAGAACUCAUGCACGAUGAUUCUGUCGAUCUUGUGGAUGAUCCAUCGAAGAAAUUAUUAGUCGAUUUAGAAUCUUCAGACCCCAAUAAAUUAGAUGGAAGUAUGAAUCACCAACAUGACCAUGAUAAUGUGAAGGCUAGUGAGAAUUCGGGAAAAUGGGAUUCUGUAGGAAACAUUUACUACCCUUUUAAUAAUGGCUGCUCUUAUUGUUGUAGGAACUCAGAUCUAUCUCAACCCAUAUCUGAAGAAGGGCUAGAUGAGAAAAUCUCCAAUUUGCCUUCUCUAGAUUUGAGGGAUAUGUACACCAUAUGGAAUUAUGUAAAUGAUAAUGAGAAGAAAAAGCUUUAUAGCAUGAGGACCAUGUUACUGAGCUACUGCGAUUGCCUAGCUGAUGCCUGUGAAAUCCCUCAUGAAAUUAAAGAUCAGGAAUGGUUAAAGGUCCAUCGAUUUAUGAAUAGGGUGUUUAUACGAUACGAAAAGAGAUUCACGAAAUAUAUCCACUGGUUUUUGAAGGAUGGAAGGCCCCCCCGAUGGAUAUUUAUCGACUUCUUAAAUAACUACAAGAAUAAGUCCAACAAGUUUAGGAUCAUCAUGUAUAACUACUGGAAGAAAAUCAUCUUCACAAGGCUUGACACAUACCAACGCUUUUUGGCCGACGUGAAUUGA